UGGCCUUUCUCUACUCCUCCACUUCCAUCUUCUUCCCUCUUUCACCACCUUUGAUAACAUUCUCAUUCCAGAAAUCCGAAAUUGAGAUUGAUACCGACUUUCACCAGCGAUCUUCAGAAGGUUUUCCACAUAAGGUGCAGAAAAGAAAAAGAAAGCUAGCACAAUUGGCUCCCAAGGAAAUGUGUAGAGAAAACGAAUAUAACUCUUACCACUCAACCAUUGUUGCACGAGGAUUAUCGGGCAAUCAACAAAUUGACCAAAGUGUACCAGCAGAGAUUGUGGUGAAGAAGAAGAAGAGGGCAGCAACACAGCAUGUAGCUAGCAUCGCUCUAACCGAUCUUGCUAAAUACUUCGGUCUUCCAAUCACAGAGGCAUCAAGAAAUCUGAAGGUUGGACUUACGGUACUCAAGAGGAAAUGCAGAGAAUUUGGCAUUCCUCGUUGGCCACAUAGGAAGAUCAAAUCCCUCGACACUCUCAUACAUGAUCUCCAGGAAGAGGCGGAACGACAGGAGAGGGAGAACAAGGCAGCAGCCAGAGCAGUAAUGAAAAGACAGAGAAUGCUGGAGAGCGAGAAGGAAGGCAUUGAGCGGAAGCCCUUCAUGGAGAUACAAAGCGAGACCAAGAGAUUCAGGCAGGAUGUUUUCAAGCGAAGGCACAGAGCCAGAGUCCUUAAAAACAACAUGCACAAAUCUGAAGUGCCAACGACGGUAUGAAAUAAUUUGUAGUAGUAACAAUAAUAAUGCAAUCCUUAUACAUGUGACCAAAACUACCCAUCAUUUUAAAAUCUGAAAAAAAAAAAAAAAAAACCCUGUUUCACUCAAAUCUCAGCUUUCUGCUUCUAAUGACAAUAGAGUUGAUUUAGGUGGAUGGAAUGCUAAAUUCCCAUUUGAUCAUACCCAUCGUUUCGAAGUGCUGUUGUGAAUGUUUACUGUUUUUUUUUUAAAUUUUAAUAACCAAUAUCAACCAUGAUCCUAGUAAACAAACUCUACACAAUCAUAUUGAUUGAGGUUUUGGUCA